CAUGCAGGUAACCAAUACCAAAAAUAUAAUCGACCAAGCUUCCAAAUCGAACAAUAAGCCACCAUGGAGUACGACACCUUCGCGGCAUCGCAAUACAAGACCAGCGACGCAACUUCAUUCGCCCAUACAUCUGCGCGCGAGCGAUGGCCCAUCAUCAUCACGCAGGGCAUUGACGACGUCCAUCGCUCUUUGCAUGGCACUCAAGACGAACAGGCGCUGAGCGAAGGCAAAUGGGUUGUUUCCGAGCUGGCCAAGCUGAAGUACGAGGUGCAACACGACCGCGAAUUGACACCCAUUCCUGACGAUGGCGAGAGAGACAUCGAGGCAUACAACAACGAAUUGAAAGCAAGAGGGAAUCUCAAGUGGCAUAGCGUAGCAUGGCUUUACGCGGAGUGCUACCUGUACCGACGUAUAUCGAGCAUCUUCAAACAGACUUCAAAGUGGAGGUCAUAUGACCUCUUCGCCCGCCAGAAAAUGUCGACGUUCAAAUCAUCGCGGCCCGCCGUUCUCGAACUUGCCGCCCGCUACAAAGACAUUGUCACCGAGCUCGAACAGAAGCACACAAUACAAGGCGCUAAGACACAGGAGCAGCUCGAAGAGGCAGAGAAGGUUUUAUUUCUAGAAAUGUGCGAGAUCUGUCUUUGGGGUAAUGCGACGGAUCUCUCGCUCUUGACGAACCUCUCAUACGAAGAUAUUCAGAAGCUGCAAGGCUCCGAGGCGCGCAAGGCAUCAGAGAAGAACAUUUUGGUGAACGACUUAAGCAAGGCAUUCUCCAUCUUGAAAGCCGCGCAGAAGCAAGGCAAGAAGGAGCGACGCGUCGACAUAGUCCUGGAUAACGCGGGCUUCGAGCUCUUCGUCGACCUCAUCCUCGCAGGCUACCUACUCGCGUCGGGCCUUGCUACGAACGUCGUUUUCCACCCCAAAUCAAUACCCUGGUUCGUGUCCGACGUGCUACCAGCCGACUUUGGCGCCCUUCUCUCUGCGCUCGCCGCUCCACAGGGUUUUUACGGUACUCUGUCUGACGAGGACAAACAUGCCGGGAAGGAGGCUGCGCCACUGUCUGACACGGAGAACGCGAGUUUACAGUUCCUUUUUGAGAACUGGAGCGGCAUGCAUGCUGAAGGCCAGCUGGUGCUUCGACCGAACGACUUCUGGACCGCUGGCGGCAGCUACUGGAGACUUCCCAAGACCGAACCCGAGUUGUAUGAGGAUCUAAAGGAGAGCGAGUUGGUAAUCUUCAAGGGCGAUCUGAACUACCGGAAACUAACGGCUGAUGCGGCGUGGUCGCCCACUACACCCUUCACCGACGCUAUCGGUCCCAUGGGUCCUGGCUCCGGUAUCCGCGUCCUCGCACUCCGGACCUGCAAGGCGGAUGUUGUUGUCGGGCUGCCAGAGGGAGAAGACGAGAGGAUCAAAGCGACUGCAGGUGGCGGUGGAGAUAGCGGAGCAAGAAAGUGGGCAUGGAGCGGCAAAUGGGCCGUGGUGCAGUUCUCUGACGGUAAGGCUUAGACUCAAGCGACAGACCGCCGCCCACCUUCGAACUAAACGGAAAUGUGGACAUAACAGUAUUAUACACAUGCUUUUGAACGUGAAACCAGCACAGCUCAUUCCAGAUGCCCCCCAACCCCCUACAACACCUUCACAGUCGAUGGCUCCCCAGUACAUUUAGUCACUGCUCCGCAGCCUUUAACCUAUGUAGACACUAUUAAAAAACCAAUCAACAUUGUUUAACUACUGUC